CAGCAUCUCUGGAGUGGCAGUCUGCACCCCGAACAUGGCUGACUUUGGAGAAAUUCUACGAAAUAUUGGAGAGUUUGGACUUUUUCAGAAGACCAUUCUGUUUGCUUUAUGCGCUCCAAAUCUUAUUCUGCCUUUUCACUUCAUGAGUGUAUUGUUUAUCCAGUCAGAUCCAGAGCGGCACUGUAACACAGACUGGAUCCUUAGGGCUGCACCUAACCUGACCACAGAUGAGCUUCUGAACCUGACGCUGCCUCGUGAAGAUGACAGGUCUUUCAGCAAGUGUCGGAUGUAUGUCCCUGUGGAUUGGGACAUCGAUGCCAUCAGGGAAUAUGGGCUGAAUGAGACCACAAGUUGCCAGAAUGGAUGGGUGUACACCAACAUGUUGUAUGAGGCCACCAUUGUCACAGAUUUUAAUCUAGUUUGUGACCAGGCUGGGCUGUUGGGGGUGGCACAAGCUGUGUUAAUGACUGGCAUGCUGUUUGGAUGUCUUUUACUUGGACCUUUUGCUGAAUCGUUUGGACGUAAACGAGCAGCUCAGAUCCCAGUAGUUGUAAUGCUAAUAUUUACUGUAACAACUGGAUUAUGUCCCAACUUCUACUUAUAUUUGGCAUCACAGUUCAUGGUUGGAAUUGGUUACGGAGGAUUUCGACUUAAUGGCAUUAUCCUGGCUACUGAAUGGAUCGGAGUGUCCAAAAGAUCAUGGGGAACAUGCGUGAGUCAGCUAUUUAGUGCAGCUGGACAGGCCAUCCUUGCUGGCAUGAUCUACUUCGUCAGAGACUGGAGACUGGCUCAACUAAUCACAGCAGCUCCAACUGCAGUGAUGGCCAGUUACAUUUGGUUUAUUCCCGAGUCAGCCAGAUGGUUGUUGGACACAGGACGGAAAGAAGAGGCUGAGGAGCUGAUCACUAAAGUGGCAGUUAUUAACAAGCGCACUGUUCCAGACUUUCUGCUGGAAAAGAUUGUUACGAAAGAAACAGAGAAAAAGAGAGGCAUAAUAGUUCUUUUCCAAUCAUCUGUGCUUAGGAAGUAUUUCCUUGCCAUAAUAUUGGCAUGGUUCUCACUGAAUGUCGUCUACUACUGCCUUUCAUUCAAUGUGGGAAAUUUUGGCCUGGACAUUUUCCUGACGCAGGCUUUGUUUGGCCUCUCUGAACUACCAGCCCAAAUUCUGUGCAUAUGGCUGUUGGAAGCAGUGGGGAGAAAAGUGUCACUGAUAUCAACACUUAUGAUUGGAGGCUUACUUUCCAUCUUAAUCCUAGCUAUUCCCCAAGGUAAUGCUGUUGCUGUCACCGCAUUAGCAAUUGGAGGUCGAAUCUUUAGUAACUGGGCUGGAUCCAUUUGUAAUGUUUAUGUUCAGGAGCUUUUUCCAACAUCUUUUCGACAAACGGCCUCUGGUUUGGGCUCUAUUGUGAGCAGGAUCGGUGGAUUAGUCGCUCCACUGCUCAAUACGUUGGCUUUGUACCACUGGUCAAUUCCCACCAUAGUCUUCAGCAGCCUUUCACUGAUCAGUGGAGCUUUCUGCUUCCUGCUCCCUGAGACUGCAAAGAAAGAGCUCCCAGAUUCAACCGAUGAGGCCGAGGGCAACAGAAAUAAGACCACCUUGAGGAGCCAGAGUAAAACAAACAAAUGUCAAAUCAAGUCAACCAAACUGUAGUCUGUGUUUACUUACAGCAUGUCUACUUCGUUUCAAAAUAAAAAUGUAAGUGAGCAUCACACUUUCCAUUGGUGUUGAUGGAAUAAUUCUUAUAUUUAUUCAUGAAAUUAGCCACCAAUUAUUACUCACAAAACCUCUAACAAUGUGAAAGAGAUGAUUACUCUGAAUGUUACUGAAAUCACUGAAGCUCACAAGCUAACAUAAUUUUGUUGUGGCCAUAAAUUAGAAUUACAUUUAUGCUUUACCUCUUCAACCAUCUUUCAAGUUAUUUAGUAGAUUAUUUAAUACUAGCAGUAUUAAAUAAUGAGCAUUUAGUCUUCAGGCUAAAUGCUCAUUAUUUCACACUUACAGCAGUCAGAAGUAAAGCAUGUACAAUUAUUUAAAAGUACAGAAUGAGUGUUUGUAAUGUGUCCUUCAGAUUUAUUAAGUCACUUCAAUGAAUAAUAAAUGUUUUAUUGACUAACA